CCGGCCUGUGUUCCUCUGGCAGCGCAGCCACGCUGCUCCGGGCGGCGCUGAGGAUGCGGCGGGCACGGGGGAAGCGAAAGGCCGAGGCCACGGAGGUGCCGUGCGUGUCUCGGAGGAGGACGGAGGCAGAGGAGGCGAUACAGGAAGCCCGUCGGAGGGCGGCCCCGUCCGUUCGAGAGUUCAAGUACAACAAAAAGCGGGUUCGCCUUGUCUCGCAGGGCUCGGACCUGAAGGAUGAUGCUCGGUGCAUCCUUUACUGGAUGUGCCGGGAUCAGCGAGUGCAAGAUAACUGGGCUUUCCUCUAUGCCCAGCGCCUGGCCCUCAAACAGGAGCUGCCUCUGCACGUCUGCUUCUGCUUGGUGCCCAAGUUUCUGGAGGCCACCAUCCGCCACUACAGGUUCAUGCUGAGGGGCCUGCAGGAGGUAGCAGAGGAGUGUGCAGAGCUGAACAUCUCCUUCCACUUGCUGCUGGGCUAUGCCAAGGAUGUGCUGCCCACGUUUGUGACAGAGCAUGGCGUGGGUGGGCUGGUGACAGACUUCAGUCCCCUCCGCCUCCCCCGGCAGUGGGUAGAGGAUGUCAGGGAACGCUUGCCAGAGGAUGUGCCAUUUGCACAGGUUGAUGCCCACAACAUCGUGCCCUGCUGGCUCGCCUCCCCCAAGCAGGAGUACAGCGCCAGGACCAUCCGGGGCAAGAUCCACGCUCAGCUCCCUGAGUUCCUCACCGAGUUUCCCCCUGUUGUUCGUCACCCACAUCCGCCCUCCUGCUCAGCAGAGCCCAUUGCUUGGGAGGCCUGUUAUUCCAGCUUGCAGGUGGACCACACCGUGAAGGAGGUGGAGUGGGCAACCCCUGGCACAGCUGCAGGGAUGGCUGUGCUCAAGUCCUUCAUUGCAGAGCGGCUGAAAUCCUUCAGCAGCCACAGGAAUGAUCCCAACAAGGCGGCUCUCAGCAACCUCUCCCCGUGGCUUCACUUCGGCCAGGUUUCCACCCAAAGAGCCAUCCUGGAGGUGCAGAAGCACCGGCGCAGUUACAAGGACUCAGUGGAUGCGUUCGUGGAGGAGGCUGUGGUGCGGCGGGAGCUGGCUGAAAACUUCUGCUACUACAAUGAGAACUACGACAGUGUGCAGGGUGCCUAUGACUGGGCACAAACCACCCUGAAGGUCCACGCCAAAGACAAGAGGCCUUAUCUGUACAGUCUGCAGGAGCUGGAGCAGGGGACCACACACGACCCACUCUGGAAUGCUGCCCAGCUGCAGAUGGUCCGGGAGGGCAAGAUGCACGGCUUCCUGCGGAUGUACUGGGCCAAGAAGAUCCUGGAGUGGACACACUCCCCUGAGGAGGCCCUGCAGUUUGCCAUCUACCUCAAUGACCGCUACGAGCUGGACGGGAGGGACCCCAAUGGAUACGUAGGCUGCCUGUGGUCCAUCUGUGGCAUUCACGACCAGGGCUGGGCGGAGCGGCCCAUCUUCGGGAAGAUUCGCUACAUGAACUAUGCCGGCUGCAAGCGCAAGUUCGAUGUGGAGCAGUUCGAGCGUCGCUACGCCCCCACACACUCCCAGCUGUGAGACCCUCUGGGCUGGGCAGAUGUGCCUUGGCCCAGCUGCCAGCUUGCAGGGAUCACCCUGGGAUAUCGAAGGGCUCCCUGUAGCAGCAGCAAGCUCCAGGGUUUUGCAGGUCUUUGCCAUCGCCCACUGCUCGAGUUGCCACACUGGGGCAGCUGCAGGAGCCCUUCUGCUGGCACAAG